GAUGUACAUUUUUAUGUUCUCUAUGUCGCCUCAAAAAUGAGAAAUGCAAACCCCGUCUGCAUAUAGGGGUCUUUGUACCAAGACACCAACAAACCUGUAUGUAUAAAAACCGUCGACAGUCCGUGGAGAACAGCAGCGGCCAGGCUCCUUUUAUUCUUUCCCUGCACUGUAUAUAGCAACCACGCCGAGAUGAGAUUGAACUCCCUCAUAAGUGCCCUGGGCCUGGUGUCCGCGGUGUCAGCUUCAAGCAUCCGCCACAAUGCCACAAGCGCCGCCAACGUGGAUCUUCUCACGACAUGGUCUAACAUGGCCAACGACUCCUCAACUCCCAAGAAAGGGGCAUCCGAUGCGGCUGCGGUCGCUUCGGAACUUAAAAAGAUUCAGGACACUCAUGCGACAGUGAAUAUGUCUGUCGAGGCGGCCUGUAAAAAGGUGGGCAGCCUCUUCGGGAAUGGCAUAUCGGACUUGAUCGGUGCUGUCGCAGGUCUUGUGUGCGAUUUGGCAUUGGUGCCAGCAGACCUCUUGUCACUCCUCAACGGUUAUAUCGACCUUGAACUCAACUCGGAUAAGAACAAGAACCCGGCACCCUGGGGCCGCAACUUGUACCCAACCAAAGCUCUAGGCGACACCCCCUACUCCGUGGCAGAGAACAGCCUCCGGGAGGCAAUCUAUAUCCCCAAGGACUUUGGGUAUGGGAAAGAUGGGAAGAAGCCCAUGAUCCUGGUGCCGGGGACUGCUGUUCCAGCCGGCCUCACUUAUUAUUUCAACUUUGGCAAGUUGGGAAGUGUCGCAGACGUCGAUGUCGUCUGGGUCAAUGUCCCCAAUGCAUCGCUGGGGGAUGCACAGGUCAAUUCUGAAUAUGUCGCCUAUGCCAUCAACUACAUCUCUGCCAUGUCAGAUUCCAAGGUCUCGGUCCUCUCAUGGUCACAGGGUGGCCUGAAUACCCAAUGGGCACUCAAGUACUGGCCGUCCACCCGGUCUGCGGUAGAAGAUUUCAUCGCCAUCAGUCCCGACUAUCACGGUUCCGAACUGCUCCCGAUUCUCUGUCCCACCCUGGAAGACUUGGUCUGCACCCCAGCAUUCUGGCAGCAAGGCAACAACGCCAGCUUCGUGGAAACCCUGAGAGACAAUGGAGGCAACUCGGCUUAUGUCCCCACGACCAAUAUCUUCUCCUCAUGGGAUGAGAUCGUCGCGCCAAUGGAUGAGGGAAACGCAUCGGCCAUCCUCGCCGACACCCGGAAAGUUGGCGUGACCAACAACCAUCUCCAGACCAUCUGUUCGAAGAAGCCUGCAGGAGGCAUUUAUACGCACGAGGGUGUGUUAUACAACCCUCUCGCGUGGGCAUUGGCCGUUGAUGCACUCAAGCACGAUGGACCUGGCAACCCAUCGCGACUCGACCUAGACAAGGUAUGUGAGCAGUCGGUUCCCGAGCAGUUCGGAUUAGGACUGGAUCAAGUUCUGGGAACCGAGGGAUUGCUGUUGGUUGCAGUGGCCGAGGCCUUUACAUAUUCAUCCAAGUCUCACGGGGAACCUCCCAUUGCGAGUUAUGCUGCUCUGAAAUAAACGGUGUGCUGUCGAAUUCUCAUGGUUGGGAUGAUGAAAGCGGGCCACUGUUUGGUAUGGAUAUCCACAGGGUUUCCCGUCCCGUUCAUCUGAGCUUGAUGGGUUGAACUGAAGGGAUUUUCAGGGAAAUCAUGCUUGGCUGGGCGGAUCUUUUCCGUGCUAGAAUAUGGAUGAGCAGGGGCAACAAUUGAAACCAGGAGGGUGGAGAGACUGACAGGAUUCACAUUAUUUAAUCGAAACUGGGGAGAGACGACGGUGAUAAUAGUAGUAAUCAAUAUCGAGUACAUGGCUACUCCCUAAUGAUGAUAGCAAUAAUAAUAAUAAAGAUGAAUCAAUUCACUUCCUGUCUAUGAGAGAAAAAAUAAAAUAAAAAUAAAAAUAAGAAUAAACCCCAUUUCAGAAAACAGCUGGUGAUAGAAUC